CUACCCACAAUGUCUCCCGUAGCCCUUCCUUCACAGAACGCCGCCGUCCUCCACGGUCCCAGGGAUCUUCGCAUCGAGGACCGCACCCUCUGGCCACCGGCGCCCACCCAGGUCCAGGUCGCUGUUGCCUCCACUGGUCUCUGCGGUAGCGAUCUUCACUACUAUAUGCACGGUCGCAACGGUGACUUCGCUGUGCGUGCACCUCUCGUCCUUGGCCAUGAAGCUGCCGGAGUCGUUACCGCCAUCGGCGCAGGCGUCAACAACUUCACCGUUGGUCAGCGCGUUGCGAUAGAAGCUGGUGUGUUUUGUCGCACCUGCAGUUAUUGCGAGAAAGGACGGUACAAUCUUUGCAAAAGCAUGCGCUUCUGCAGCAGCGCUGCCGUCUACCCUCACGCGGAUGGUACCCUCCAAACGCGUAUGAACCACCCCGCCUACGUUUUGCACCAUCUGCCAGAUUCUUGCACUUUUGAGCAAGCCGCACUCGCAGAGCCCCUGUCUGUCCUCAUCCACGCUACCCGCCGCGCGAACCUUACCGCUGGUCAAACCGUCCUUGUCUUCGGUGUUGGCGCCAUUGGCCUUCUUGCUUGUGCCGUCGCCAAAUCAAUGGGCGCAUCCCGCAUUGUUGCCAUCGACAUCAAUCAACCACGACUCGACUUUGCAAAAGACAACGGCUUCGCCUCUCAGGUCUUCUGCCUCCCUAUGGCCGACAAAGCCAAGACCUCGGACGAACAACUCCGUCGCGCAAAGGAGACCGCACAGUUGGCUCUCUCCACAUUCGAGGCGAAGGACGGCUUCGAUGUCGUUUUUGAAUGCACAGGCGCCGAACCAGCCAUCCAGACCUCAGUCCAUGCCGCAAUCGCCGGCGGCAAGGUCAUGCUCAUUGGCAUGGGCUCCCGCAACGUUAUGCUACCCCUCUCUAGUGCCGCUCUUCGCGAAGUCGAUAUCCAGGGCUCGUUCCGCUACGCAAACACAUACCCAGCGGCCCUGGAGCUCCUAUCAUCGGGAAAGCUGGAGAACGUUGAGAAACUCAUCACGCACCGUUUCCCACUGGAAGAUACAAAAUCUGCAUUUGAGCUCCUGGCUCGGGGGAAGGACGAAGAUGGGAAGAUGGUGCUCAAGGUGAUGAUUGAAUCUAACCCCUCAUGAGUCGGACACAGGAUUUCAUCUCCCCUUACUCUAUCUUACACCCCCGCCCAUACUGGCACUCACCGUACUUUCGAGCACGAUAUCCCUAAUCUUAUCUGACACUCUCAUCUGGGCCAUCUGUCUGCAUAUCACAUCCUCUCCCUCUCCCUCACGAUGGAACAUCAUUAACAUAUAGAGCUUGGGUGUUGUGUGUACCAUCUCUUCUCCGUAGCAUUGUUUCAUCAUUUCAGUAUAUCAUCUCAUGGGCCAUUUGUAUUUUUACAACAAUGAAAAGCUGUCCCCAAGC